AUGAAUUAAGAGGUAAAAAUUCCAUGUGGAAGAUUUGAUUAUAACUCUGAAACAAAAAAAGUUGUAAUGAUAAAAUCUAAAGGUUUACUAAAUUUAAUUUUGAAUGAUGAAAAUGAAUUAUGCCUUAAAUGGUAUAAUUUAGAUAGCAAUAAUAGAUUGGAAUUAGUAUAAAUUAUAAAAUAUUUUAGGAAAGAAUAAUUUUUAAAGGUACAACUAUUUUUGAGAAAGUUAAAGGAUAAUAUAGAGUUUAUUUACUCAAAAUAACAGAUGAAGAUUCAAAGUAUUUUUUUUGGAUGCAAGUAAUCGAAAAUAUAUACUAACCCUAAGUAGAAUGAAGAUGUUAGCUAAGAUGAAAAAUAAAUUAAAAAAUUCAAUGAUAUUGUCAAUUCAUAAAUUAUUGAUAAUCUAUCAUAAUUAGAAGAGUAAUUGCAAAUCAGUUCUGAAUAACCAGAAUAUAUUUCAGCAAAUAAUAGAAUGUGUCCAAACAUAUAAUCAUAACCAUUAAUAAAUAUAAAUUCAUUAUAGUUAUUAGAUUUAUUAUAGUAGCAAUUAUAUAAAUAUACAAAUAAAGAUCUAGAAUUAGUAGACAUUCUUAGUAAUGAUUUUCUAUUAACAGUUUCAUAAGAUGAAGAUUAUUUUGAAGCUUUGAAAAAGUAUUAAAUUUAAUAGUUUAGAUAUUUGCCAAUUGAUUAAUAAAGUAUUCAAUAUUUUAAGGAAAACCUUAUAAGUCCAUAAUUCAAAUAAGCAAUCGAUUAACUUUGUUUAGCUUUAAAAGGUAGAGAAUAAGGCUCUGUCUUAUAAUAAUUAGAAUUAGAUUCUACUAUUUUACAAAAUGAAUUUGAUGGGGUAAUUGCAUUUGUUUAAGCCAUCAUUAAAUUAGUAAAAGAUGAAAAAAAAAAUAUUUGA